AUGGCGCCCGGGACAGCUAGGUUCUUGCUGUUCGCUGUUAUUCCCCUGUGCCUCCUCCCCUUGUGCUGUGGAUGUAUUCACAGCGAACGGGAAGCUCUCCUUCAAUUCAAAGACGCCUUGAAUUUCUCUUCUCAUUCUUAUUUAUCUCCUAAUCUGAGCUCGUGGGAGAAGGGAAGAGAUUGCUGUCUCUGGGACGGUAUUUCCUGUCAUAACACUACCCAUCAUGUAGUCGCUGUUGAAAUACAGGGUGUUGCAUUUCCUGGAAUGGAGGGCGGUGUCAUAUCUGAGAGCUUGUGCUCCCUCACUUCUCUUGCAACCAUACGCGUAUUCAACAUGGGAUUAAAAGGUACUCUUCCUCCGUGCUUUGGAAACCUCUCUUCUCUCAGAGUCCUAGAUUUUUCCUAUAACAAUUUGGAAGGUGAAACUGUCCUCACUACUAUUUGUCUGCUCAGCAACCUUAGUGAGGUCGAUCUUUCUUACAACCAACUGAAGGGAAGCUUACCAUCCUGUCUCGGUAAUCUCUCUUCUCUGAUUAGGCUAUAUAUUCCUGCAAAUCACUUGAUUGGUGAGAUUCCAUAUUCUUUAGGCAAGAUCUCUUCACUCAAAUAUUUUGAUGUUUCCACAAAUUCUAUAGGUGGUCGUAUCCCAGAGUCUUUGGGCAGUCUCUCUUUGUUAGAAACCUUAGAUCUAUCUGACAACCAACUAAUUGGAACUCUUCCCUCCUCAUUUUCAAGGCUCACCUCACUUGCGGCGCUCUAUGUUUGCGGGAAUGCGUUUAACCAGAGUAUUGCUUCCUCAACGCUACCCCCUUCACUUCAACAUCUUGGUCUCUCACUAGAUGGCCAACAUAUAAUUUCAGAGGAUUUCUUUCAGAACCUUAGCAAAUUGGAAUGCUUGACCUUGUCAAAUUGUGUACUUAAUAUCAGCACCACCUGGAUUCCCUCAUUCCAGUUAUUCUUCUUAUAUAUGUUAUCAUGUAAGGUGGAUGGUCAAAUUCCGCUGUGGAUUUCGACUCAGUCUUCACUUCUAAAAUUGGAAUUAUAUGAGAACAAUCUUUUUGGAGAAAUUCCUUUGUGGCUAAUGGAUAUGAAUCUUCUCUACAUCAAUCUCUCAUCAAAUCAUCUCCAAGGUCGCCUUUUGCUAAAUACCUCUCCAAGGAAUCCAUUGGCAGUCUUGGACGUGUCUAGAAAUGCAUUGUCUGGUCAGAUUCCAUCAAUUUGGCCUCCUGAUAUCAAAGUACUUUUGGUCAAUGACAAUUUGCUGACAGGAAAUAUUCCUCUACAGUUACAAGGAAUCUCUUCACUAGAAAUUGUAAAUUUGGCAAAUAACUAUUUGAAUGGAAUCAUCCCUCCAAGCUUAGCCAAUUGUUCUGAGCUUAAAAUUCUGAAUUUGGAGGAUAAUAAUUUGAGGGGAAUGAUUCCAUAUGAGCUUGGUAAGCUAAGUAAACUGAAGUCACUAGUGAUAAAGAAGAAUCAGCUGAGUGGGUCAUUCCCUCCCUCCAUAUCGAACUGCACAGAAUUAUAUUUUCUAGAUGUUGGGCAAAACUUCUUCAGUGGCCACAUUCCAAAGUUAAUAGGAAACCUUUCAGAGUUGAAAGUGUUAGCAAUGAGGAAGAAUAAGUAUGAAGGUAGUAUCCCUGUAGAAAUUACUCAGCUGGAGAAUCUACAAGUCUUAGACCUUUCUUCAAAUCAGCUAUCAGGUAUUAUACCACACACAAUUUUUAGUUUGCAAGCAAUGUUGACAGAAACACAUCAAGAAUUUUCCAUGGUUCAAUAUGAAAUAUUUCCAGGAGAAUCCCCCUCAGUAUAUCCCUCCACCACAUACAUGUAUAAGAAUGGCUUGACUAUGAAUUCCAAAGGCAGAGAUGAGCACUACACAUAUAUUUUCCCCACCAUGGCAGCCAUAGACCUCUCGGACAAUCAAUUGAACGGAGAUCUUCCUUCUGAUUUAGGAAAAUUGAAGGGAUUAAAGCUGCUCAACCUUUCAAUGAAUAAUUUCAAUGGUGUUAUUCCAAAUAGUAUUGUACAAAUGAUUUGGCUGGAAUCAUUAGAUCUUUCUGCAAAUCAUUUUUCUGGACAAAUUCCUCUAGAUCUUGGUUCUUUAAGUUACUUGGGAGCACUCAACUUUUCCAACAAUCACCUUUCAGGGAGUAUACCGCAAGGGGGGCAUAUGACAACUUUUAAUAACUUAUCUUAUUUAGGCAAUCCAAAUUUAUGGGGUUGCCCGCUUUCAAAAAAAUGUUGUUGGCCAGAAUUUUUUACUAGCCCUCCUCCCAUUUCUACAUAUAUUGAUGGAGAAGAGCAUAACACAGAAAGUUUGAGCUAUGAAAUCGGACUGGGAUUUUCAUAUGUAGCAGGUUUUACAAUAGUGUUGGCAUUUAUUGUCAUGAAAAGGAAAUGGGGUCAUAAAUACUUUGAGGGCAUUGAUUUGGUCUUGAAAUUUUUUUUUCCAUGGAUCCGUAAUUUGACAUUAUAA